AUGGCCCCAAACGGUCUGGCGAUAAUUGAUAUAAGACCAGUCCAAGAGAAGGGUUUGAUGCUGUUUGAUCCUCCAACUCCAGUAAUUACAGGCGUACCGGUUCAAGUUCACAUAAAAAAAUUUUCACGUACCCUCAAGGCAGCUGCGACACCGGAGGGAAUCAUAACUCAACCUCACCAUCGACCCAUCAGCCUUACAAUGAUACCGAAGACCAUCCUCUUCGUCAUUUUCAUGGCCAUCACCUCAGUGGCUACUGGCACUUAUGUCGUCUGUGCCAACGAGAGUUGUGAUAACACCAACGCUUCUCAGAUGUAUUCACACCCAUACCCCAAGGAGGCGAAGUGUGGGGAGCCCUUAGGAAAUGAGGAAUGUCAAGAGAUUCGCCUCAAAACAUAUUACUUGUGUGGGAAAUGCGGGAGCACAACCGUCAAGAACAGAGUCAUUCAUCGCGGCGAUUCAGCACCAUGUCCUCAUAAAGGCAAAGCCCUAUUCUCAAGACCAGGCGACCCGCCGCCACCUGGACCCGCAUCUCACUCUGGAGCAACAUCAUCUGUCCAGGCCUCCUCCUCAGAAGGUGGUUUGCCCUACGAAAUAAUCGAUGGUCGCAAGUUUUACAAAUUCGUUUGA